AGGAUUGAGGUUCAGUGGGAAGUGUGUGGAGUCCAUUCCAUACUUUCUGCUAGGUCCAGAGCAGCUGCCUGGAAGAGGGGGUCCGUCAGGGCUCACAGAGCCAGCUUUUCCAAAAGAAGCUUUGCUCCUCUCUUCUCUUGGGCUAGACCCCCCAUGUCCCCCUCACUGAAGGCCAAGGCUGCAGCGGUCUGCACACAGCAGCCCCCAGCCCCCGGUACAGAGGCAGACUGAAGUCUGUGCCACCACACAGAGGAGCAGGGGCUUCUCUGUGUGUCCCCAGGGGAGUCCCUGUAGAUAGGAAUCAAGGCAUGGUGCCCGAGGGCCCCCUCAGGUCGCCGUCGGGGAGGAGGGGCACAGGGUCAGGUCGUCCCUGAGGGGCUGGCCGCUGAGGCAGGCUUGCUGGGCCACCAGGCCGGCCGGCGUCAGUCUGCCAGGCAGUGAGCCGUGGGCCGGGGAGGCAGGCUAUGGAGUCAGAGACCUGGGUUUGAACUCUGACCCCACCACGUCAGAAGCCAUGUAACCUCCAACAUGUCACUUAACCUCUAGGUGCCUCAGUUGCUUCUGCUCCAGAGACUAAAUGAUCUCUUCCUUCUCUGCCUGCACACAGGAUUGAUAGGAGCAUUACAUACUUCACUCUUUGUAUCCACUCACCAGUACCCUCUGCCAGUCCUACACUUGGCACCAUGGGGACACAAAAACAUGCACGACACGGCCCCUGCCACCAAGAGCCUGAAAUCCAGCUCUCGGGGAAAGCACACACGUGAUAAUCUGAACUCUUGCUCACCCGGAGAGAUUAUAGAUAAAAGACAAUUAGCUUUCUCUGCAGCUCCUGCAGAAACUGCUAAUCAAGCCUGCAUGAGUGGGCCAUGUGCAAGACAGCCUUAAGUGGUGAUGGCAGGUGAGUGGGCAGCUCUGAGUUCUACCCUGGAAGCUCAGCAGCGAUGGGAGGACUUGUCUAGGCCUUUGCCAAGCAUCGGGGCCAGAGGUGCAUGUCAACAUGAAGCAUCCAGCCGCUGCCCCUCUCCAGAUGCCGGCUCUCACCCCAGCCCAGCCACAGGGGCAAGGAGGCUGCCCUGACGGGGCAUGGUGACGAGCAAGCAGACCCAGCACCUGUAGACCAGGAUGGAGCGCUGUUCCCAGGCGGGCAGGAAAUGGUGCCCUCCGGUCCCCGCAUAGAAUGACUGCCCUGGGGGGGUGGUUCCCUGGGUCCUGGCCGGGCUGCUGACCUUCAGCCUGCGAACCGCCAAGAGCACUGGGACUCCAGACUCUUCUUGUGGAUGGUCCCCUGCCCUGCAGCUCCACCAUGAGGCUCCUUGUGGCCCCCCUUUUGCUAGCGUGGGUGGCUGGUGCCACUGCCACUGUGCCCGUGGUACCUUGGCAUGUGCCCUGCCCCCCUGGGUGUGCCUGCCAGAUCCGGCCCUGGUAUACCCCCCGAUCAUCCUACCGCGAGGCCACCACCGUAGACUGCAAUGACCUAUUCCUGACGGCGGUCCCCCCAGCGCUGCCCGCAGGCACACAGACCCUGCUUCUGCAGAGCAACAGCAUCGUCCGCGUGGACCAGAGUGAACUGGGCUACCUGGCCAAUCUCACGGAGCUGGACCUGUCCCAGAACAGCUUUUCAGACCCCCGAGACUGUGAUCUCCGUGCCCUGCCCCAGCUGCUGAGCCUGCACCUGGAGGAGAACCAGCUGACCCGGCUGGAGGAUCACAGCUUCGCAGGGCUGGCCAGCCUGCAGGAGCUCUAUCUCAACCACAACCAGCUCUACCGCAUCGCCCCCAGGGCCUUCGCGGGGCUCAGCAACCUCCUACGGCUACACCUCAACUCCAACCUGCUGCGGGCCGUUGACAACCGCUGGUUCGAGAUGCUGCCCAGCCUGGAGAUCCUCAUGAUUGGCGGCAACAAGGUGGAUGCCAUCUUGGACAUGAACUUCCGGCCUCUGGCCAACCUGCGCAGCCUGGUGCUCGCGGGCAUGAACCUGCGGGAGAUCUCUGACUAUGCUCUGGAGGGGCUGCAAAGCCUCGAGAGCCUCUCCUUCUACGACAACCGGCUGGCCCGCGUGCCCCGGCGGGCGCUGGAGCAGGUGCCGGGGCUCAAGUUCCUAGACCUGAACAAGAACCCACUCCAGCGGGUGGGGCCCGGGGACUUUGCCAACAUGUUGCACCUCAAGGAGCUGGGGCUGAACAACAUGGAGGAGCUGGUCUCCAUCGACAAAUUUGCGCUGGUCAACCUCCCCGAGCUGACCAAGCUGGACAUCACCAACAACCCUCGGCUCUCGUUCAUCCACCCCCGAGCCUUCCGCCACCUGCCCCAGAUGGAGACCCUCAUGCUCAACAACAAUGCUCUCAGUGCCUUGCACCAGCAGACCGUGGAGUCCCUGCCCAACCUGCAGGAGGUGGGUCUCCAUGGCAACCCCAUCCGCUGCGACUGUGUCAUCCGCUGGGCUAACGCCACCAGCACCCGCGUCCGCUUCAUCGAGCCCCAGUCCACGCUGUGUGCCGAGCCCCCGGACCUUCAGCGCCUCCCAGUGCGGGAGGUGGCCUUCCGGGAGAUGACGGACCACUGCCUGCCCCUCAUCUCCCCCCGCAGCUUCCCCCCGCGCCUCCAGGUGGCCAGCGGAGACAGCCUGCUGCUGCACUGCCGGGCACUGGCGGAGCCCGAGCCCGAGAUCUACUGGGUGACUCCCGCUGGGGUUAGGCUGACGGCCGCCUGGGCGGGCCGCAAGUACCGGGUGUACCCCGAGGGGACGCUGGAGCUGCGGAGGGUGACAGCGCAAGAAGCAGGGCUGUACACCUGUGUGGCCCAGAACCUGGUCGGGGCCGACACGAAGACGGUUAGUGUGGUUGUCGGCCGGGCCCCGCUGCAAAGCGGCAGAGACGAGGGGUGGGGGCUGGAGCUCCGGGUUCAGGAGACCCACCCCUACCACAUCCUGCUGUCUUGGGUCUCCCCACCCAACACAGUCUCCACCAACCUCACCUGGGCCAGCGCCUCCACCCUCCGGGGCCACAGGGCCACCGCGCUGGCCCGCCUGCCACGGGGCACCCACAGCUACAACAUCACGCGCCUCCUUCAGGCCACGGAGUACUGGGCCUGCCUGCAGGUGGCCUUCGCGGAUGCCCACACCCAGUUGGCUUGUGUAUGGGCCAGGACUACAGAAGCCACCUCUUGCCGCAGAGGCUUAGGGGACCGGCCCGGGCUCAUAGCCAUCCUGGCUCUCGCCGUCCUCCUGCUGGCAGCUGGGCUGGCAGCCCACCUUGGCGCCGGACAGCCCAGGCAGAGCGUGGGUGGGCGGCCUCUGCUCCCAGUCUGGGCUUUCUGGGGCUGGAGCGCCCCUUCUGCCCGGGUGGUGUCGGCACCCCUCGUCCUGCACUGGAAUCCAGGGAGGAAGUGGCCCAGGUCCUCUGAAGGGGAGACUCGGUCCCUGCCAUCAUCACAGAAUUCCUGAAGCUCAGCCUGUUCUCGGCAGUAGAGAAAUAACUCGGACUACUUUUUACCAAGAGGGAAGCAAUCUGGGCCAGACGCCCUGCCAGGAAAUUGACCUGGACCCGCAUGCUUGAGGCCUGGCAGCUGAACCGAGACAACCAGCUUCUAGCCCCAGGGGGUGCCCUGCAGCCUCCAGGAGCCGCCCUUACCUUCUGGGGGCACUUCUGCUGCCAUUCUGAGGAGCAGCUCCAAGGAGCAGGAAGGACUCUGGCUAGAGCCACCUGCCUCCCCAGUUGGCUUUGUGCCCGGAGAGCCCUGGGCCUCUGCCUGGAUGUCCCCUGCCUGCGUCCCCAGGGCCCCGGCCCACAGGAGGCACCCCCUCCUCUUUGUCUCUGUGCAGUCUCAGUUGCUUGCUCUUUCCCCCACCCUGGG